CAAAGAAGUCUGCAAGUUCUAAAGAAAUCCCCGUCUGCCUUUGAACACAGUUAAGUCGGAAUUCUCAGAUUUUGGUUUUUUGGCUUUAAGGAAAAAUAAUUAUUUGUACCAUGUAUAGGGUCCUCGCAUGUAAAACUGUGAAACCCGUAUGCCUUGAGUGUUCAUCCAGUCAACAUGUAACAUUAAAGGUUUGAUACCUACCAUUCGAGCUGAAAGAGAAGAAAACGAUUCAGAGUUACAGAGAGGCAGAGUCUAAGUCAGACGAACACAGAAAUCCUAUCCUUGCCUGUGUUCAGCCCCAGCAGCUGUACCCGCCAGCCGGGGGCCUGCACAUGGUCGUCUGCCACGUGGUGAGAGGGCACAGUGAGCUUCCUGAGAGCCUUUGGUUUUAGAAGGUAAACUCAUAGCAAGCCUUUGGUUUUGCUAGCAUGACUGUAACUAAAUCUAAAAGAACUAGGCCAUAAAAUAUUUUCAUUUACUAUAAUGAGGUUUUUGGUUUUCUUUAAGUUACUGAUGUAAGUGAAUUAAAUUUGAGUCAUACACGUUCUCAAAGUUUUCUCUGUAGAGAGCAGCUAAGCAGGUUCUAGGUAUUAAUUAACACCUUGGGAAAUUUUAAUUAGAUUUUAGGAAUACAGGGGGAAAGCUAUUAGUGAGGCAGGACCAGAGCUUCUAAGACACUAUUUAAGUUCUACCUAAGACAGUGUGAGUAUAUGUUAAUAUUAUUUUGUUUCAUUAUAGGGUAUAAUAUACCUCUUCUGGAGCUUACAUGAAUCAGUAACUUAGAGUAUUAAGCUAGAUAGGCAAGGGAAGAAUAAAACAGCCUUUGCAUAUCAGUUCCGAGCCAAGUAGUCUGUUUUGGUGUUAAUCACCCUUCUCAAAUUAUGCAAAGAAAGAAUGUUCCUGUGCAGAGAGACCUGCGGUGCUGUGGAAAGAAGGACACCUUAUAAGCAUGACCAAAUUUCAUGUACCCUUACCGGCCUGCCUUUAUCGCGACUGAGAUUCAUUUAGACUUAAAAGACUUGGUGUCCUACCCUGGAGCCAGGCAUAGUAGGCUCACACCUUUGAGUUUGAGGUCAGCCUGGUCUACACUGUGUGUUCGAAGCCAGCCAAGACUACACAGAAAGACCUUGUCUCAAAAAAACGAAAGAAGCCAGCAGCCAGCAAUAUGGUUCAGUGGGGGAUUUUGACGAAUUCACUCAAGAUAAUAAUGAUGUUAUGUUGAAAAACAUAGCCGAUGACCUUCGGAGCUGUUUGCCCCCAGAGGCCGUGCUUUGCUCGGAACAGCUGGCCCUUCAGAAAAUACGACAGCAGCCAGAACCCACAGUUCAUGUUGAUGCAUUCCUGUAUGAUGAAGACUUUAUUGAUUCAUUAUGUGAGGAAGGAAAGAUGAGCAGAAACUACUGCACCGUGUGUGGCUCACACCAAACGGCUCCUUUGGGCUUUAUUUCUCAUUCCUUCUCACUCAUGGAGCUGAAGUUCCUUUAUCAUCAGGUACUGCCUGACCUGUCGGGAAAGGUCUUGGUUGACAUCGGCUCCAGGCUCGGCACAGUCCUUUACGGGGGCUACCUCUACAGCUCAGCAGCGCGGCUCUGCGGAGUGGAGCUCAACCGAGAAUUUUGCCAACUGCAGGAAAUGAUCAUCAAAAAAUACGAGUUCGGCGACAGAGUAAAGGUGCUUCAUGCAGACGUCUGUACCCAAGGUCCACUUCUGCAGAGUGCUGACGUCAUUGUAAUGAAUAAUGUCUUCGAAUAUUUUCUUACUGAGGCUGAACAGGCCAGUGCCUGGGACUACAUCAUCCAUAAUGUCAGAAAACAAGGCUCGUUAUUAGUGACAGUACCAAGUCUCCAAGAUUCUCUCUUAGGUCUUAAGAAGACUGAUGUGCAGCUGUCCUGCUGGGUGGAAGAGAUACCACUGAACCUAGAUGUGUGCCAGCAGUCGGAGACUGACAGAGAAGCUCUGGAACAGAUUCACUUAUAUAGGGUUCUCUAGCACGGAAGUGACCUGUGUGUGAUAUGUUGAUUUGCUUUGUGUAACUCUUUCAAGUUUUUAUCUGUGAUGCUGUGCCUGUAAAUAGCUGCGUGUGAUUGAUUAUGCACAUCCAGUAGUGUAUAUGGAUGUAAGUAAACUGUGUAAUAAGAUCAUUAAAGUAUUUAUAUGAAA